CAUCUAACAUUUUGGCUGUAUCAUCAGUAACGGUCUUCAGUUUCUUAUCCUCUUUCUCUCACCAUCACCAUUGAUUAGUUUUUUUUUUUUUUCUUAAAACACUUUUCAUCUCCCCCUUUUCUUCUUCAUUCCGGACGCCGACACCAAUGCACUUUUAGUUCCAUUAAUCUCCCUUUUGCAGUGUGCCAAGACAGGCACUUUUACAUGGAGAUUUUUGGCACCAGAGGUUGGGAAAACGACUCAAAUUUACAUCAUUAAAAGCGGAUGUUUUUUACGGAUCUGAAUUUGGUAUAUUUAUUUGGUGUCUUUUUUGUCCAAUGGGGAUAUCGGCGGACAAUGUUCAUGGACUUGUUUUGGCUGUAUCUUCAAGCAUAUUUAUUGGCUCUAGCUUUAUUGUCAAGAAGAAAGGACUUACAAAUGCUAGGGGAACUGGAACUGGAGCUGGUGCUGGAGGGCAUGCAUACUUGUAUGAACCUUGGUGGUGGGUCGGGAUGAUUACCAUGAUUGUUGGGGAGGUAGCUAAUUUUGCUGCCUAUGCAUUUGCUCCUGCAAUUCUUGUAACUCCGUUGGGAGCUUUAAGCAUUAUAUUCAGCGCAGUGCUAGCACAUUUUAUUCUAAAGGAGAAACUGCAUAUCCUUGGUGUGGUUGGAUGUGUUCUGUGUGUGGUGGGGUCUGUUAGUAUCGUUUUACACGCUCCACAUGAGAGAAAUAUUGAAUCUGUUAAAGAAGUAUGGCACCUUGCUACACAACCAGGUUUUCUUGUAUACGGUGGGAUAGUUUUGAUAGUGGUUUGUAUCUUAAUGUUUAGAUUUGAAGCAAGCCACGGGCAUACGCAUAUGAUAGUAUAUGUUGGCAUUUGCUCUCUCAUGGGCUCUCUUACGGUUAUGAGUGUAAAAGCACUGGGAAUUGCUUUGAAGUUGACCUUUUCUGGAAUGAAUCAAUUUAUCUACUUCCAGACUUGGCUUUUUACUGUGAUUGUGGUUGUUUGUUGUAUUACGCAAAUCAACUACUUGAACAAGGCUCUGGACACAUUCAAAACAUCUGUUAUAUCUCCAGUUUACUAUGUUACAUUUACAACACUCACAAUUCUUGCUAGUAUGAUCAUGUUUAAGGAUUGGGACUCACAGAAUGCAUCACAGAUUGUUACACAACUAUGCGGCUUUGUUACAAUUGUAGCCGGAACUUUUCUUCUUCAUAGAACCAGGGACCUGGAAAGCAAGCCAGCGGACGAAUCCCUCGUCGUUGAACCACAUCAUCCUACUCCAAACUCAACCACUAGGUAGCCACAUUGUCAAACGGCAAACCCAUGUUUUCAAUUUUAAAGAUGAUAGAGCUUGGGGGGAAUUUUUUUUCUUGUUCUGUAAUUAGAAGGAACACUAGAAGAAAAGAUUCAACAUAUGAAUGUGGAGAUAAGAAGAAAUCCUGGCUGAGGUUUAAGGGAAAAAAUUUCUCGAUUUUGAUUUUAUUUCUUCACUUUUGGUCUGAUUAUAGCAUGUACAUAUAUUUUGGACAUAGAUGAAUGAACACUGGAACAGACCCUCUUCCAAAACCA